CAAGAAGUGAAAGGAUUAAAAAAUGAAACGUCGAUACUAUCCUAUAGUACUAUCACUGAUGUGUGGGACGUUUGGAAAUUUCCAACUUAUCUUUUUGAUUAAUAAUAAUUCAAGCGAAACAGGGAGAAUAAAAAGCCAUGGUCGAAGCCAUCGAACCGAUGAUGUCGCAGUUGUUUAGCCAAGGAUCGAGCAUACAGCCCUGCAAUAUCUAACUGUCCCCAGUCGAACAAACUUCAUUACCGAUUGGAGGAGCCAUUGAACAGGAUUUCGAAAGACCUCGAGUUACAGGUCGUAACUUUCAACCCUACCUUAUCCUAGCAGGGUUGCAGGUCGAGUCGAUAUCAUUUAACUGACACAGAACUUACCGACGUUGUUUUUUAUUACUAUCUUUGAAAUGCCUGUCACAGCUUGUGUAAGUAACGUAACACAACGUAACAGAAAAGUAACACAAGAUAAGAUAAAAUAAUAUAUAACGCAAACGAGACGGGAAGAGAAAAAAUUAGUUCACACGAUAUCGCGCAAAUGAUUUUAAUAGUUGCUAUUAUAUUAAAUAUACUAUAUCAAGGCUAAAUGUACAUAGUCACGGGAUAAGUUAAGUUUGCGGCAGAGAUUGCUGACACAUUCAGUUACAAGAUUAAGGCCGUGAUGUGUGCGAUGGGUUUCGGUUACGAAGAGAGCACGAGUUCUUAGUCGCACUAAAGUAGAAAAAUUAAAUUCGUAGAGAAUGUGUGGACAAAUGUGUGAAGAAUGAGCCAGUUGACAAGUUUAUAUAUAAACGGUAAAUACGGUGCAGUGUUACUCGAUAAUCGUUAAUCCCAGACGCGACAGAAUCGAAUUGUAAUUGUGACUAUAAAUAGACAUGGUUCGGUGUGAGAAGAUAAUCGCAUUCGAGCAUUCUAUGCUGCACACUGUCGAUCAACGCAUCAUGACAUUCGUAAUACGGAGACGAAAUAACAGAGCAAUAUUCGAGCAUGAGACGCGCCGGAGAAUUAGAGGGAGCCACAAGUGUGACGCCUGUGAGCCUCGUCAUCGAUCGCCGCCAGCACCAGCCAGUGUCUAAAAUGACUGCCAUCGAGCCAAGGUAAUAACCAUCGAAAACGCCAUUCGAAUAAUACACGACACUCUGAAGACGCAGCAGUGUGCCCGCGCGCGAAGAGUGUCAAGGGAAGAAAAGAUGAGAAGUGAGAGAAAAAUGUGACAGAAGGAAGAAAGAAGAGAUUAAGAAAAAAAAAACUCGUUCGAUGAGAAAAGUAGGCGAAAGUCGCGGUGUGUAAGUGUUCUGAAGAGAUCGAGGCGAGGAACUGUUGGCUGGAAGAUGCCUCGACCAUCGAGGGAUACUUACGGCGACCAGAAGCCGCCAUAUUCGUAUAUUUCGUUGACAGCGAUGGCGAUCUGGUCGUCGAGGGAUAAGAUGUUGCCUCUGGCUGAGAUCUACAAGUUUAUCGCCGAUCGGUUCCCCUAUUAUCGCAAGGAUACUCGCAGAUGGCAGAACUCUCUCAGGCACAAUUUGUCCUUCAACGACUGUUUCAUCAAGGUGCCACGGGGACCCCAUCGACCUGGCAAGGGCGCGUACUGGGCUCUGCACCCGGCAGCGCUGUCCAUGUUCGAGAACGGGUCCCUCCUUCGCCGUAGGAAGCGUUUCAAGCUGCACAAGCCCGACAAAGAGCUGCUAAAAUCCGAGCUCCAAGCCCUGGCGUCCGCUAUGCCACCUCCUCACUCCGAAUCCUCGCCUGUACUAUCGAUAAACCCGAACGCACAAACCAGCAGCUUGACCGUUGCCAAUCUGCAUCGUCUUCGCGACGAUUUGCUCCGCUGGGAGCUACAAGAGCGUCGUCUAACGAUGGCAUCCGGUGGCAACAGUUCUCCAGGCUUUACGACACCGGAGACCAGCUCCAGCUAUUACCUUCUGUCGCCAGAAGUUCGACAGAGACUCGCCGGGACCGACGAGAUCCUCCGUGGUUAUGAGAACAAUUUGUUGCAAACCGGAAGCUGGAGCUUCCCCGGGUUCCAGGUGUCUCCGUAUGUCUCUCAGCUGUCCUACUUUCAGACAGACAUUCCAGAGAGCAGGCAGAUCUGCGCUGGAACCACGGAGACCAGUGUUCCCGAAAAGACUGACUCGAGGGUCUUCCUGGAGACCACGAGAAGCUCCACUGUCGAGUCCACCGACAGUAAAGUUCGUUGUCCCGUGUUGGAGGCUGGUAUCUCCAGUCAGACGAGCAUCCAGCCCGAACAGAAGAAGAAGAAGAAACCGUUCACCAUCGAAAAUAUCAUUGCGCCCGACGAUGAACAGAUUUCUAGUAAUUCGGAAGACGAGAAGAGGUCUUCCGGUCAUCUUCUGGUUCCCAGGCCGCUUUAUGCGGGUUUUUCGUUUGGUCUCACUGCUAACAAGGUUCCGUACGAGACGGCUACUUGAAUUUACUAGAUCAACGUGCAUCUAGUGGAUGAUUCGAACGGGGACCCUAGUAACGCGACGAUCGCCGCUUGGCGACGCUAGUGGUCAUUCUGGUGAUUAUGACUGGCGAAUCGUUCAUCCUGUUCCUGGGUUUUCCCGUGUUUUUGCGAGGAAGUUUUGGAAGAAAAGGCUCCUGGUGGUGUUAAGCUCGGAAAUUUCAUUAAAAAAUUGUAAUAUUACUUUGUGUUCUUUCCCCUCUUGUUUCUUUUAGAAAAUUCGCAACAUUUUCGCGUCAAUCUUGUUUGAAACAGACAUAGUUAAUUUUGAAGUGGAAAUUAAUUUAUUAAUUGUGUUAUGUAUUCAUUUUUUCGAAAAUUAUUGGUGCUACAGUUUUUUCGUGGAAUGACUUUAAGUCUGAAAUCGAGCAAGUGAGUUAGCGUGGUUCGAGUGACGCUUAAAAGUGAAGAUAAAUAUCUGAAUGUAGCAGAAUUGUGGAACUGGUAUUAUUUGUGCUUUUUAAUUAACUAGAAGUGCUUUACGCGUCGUUUGAGCAAAAUCGUCGUAGCGAUCAGACUAAUGAGGUAUUUUAUUAAAAUUAAACGUUUAUAUGCACGUUAGUAAAAACUUUUGAAAUGAUUCUUAAUCUAUGUAACUUAUCUAAAUUCUUGUUAUGGAUUAUUAAUAUUCGACUGGUUAAUUAGAAACAAUGGAUAAACUAAUUGAAUAGGCAAAGUAAGAGGUUACUUUCUAAAGAAAUAUGUGAAAAUUUUGAAAGUUAUAAAUGUACAAUAAACUCGUAUAGAUAUUGGUCGCUAUUUAACGAUUUUUAGAACACUCUUUGAAAUUGGAAACUAUAGUAGAUGAUGUAAUUUAUUUCCAUGAGAAGAUAAGUGUCUCAAUUUAAAUAUUCAAAUGAAAUUGCGUUAGUGCUUAAGUGACGAGAAAUUAUAUCAAAGAAGUUUGAAAUUCAUUUUUCAGAUCUGUUUUCCCUAUUUGUUGAUCUGUGUCCUUAUAUACAUUUAUUUUAGAUUCAUGUGAUUGUUUCAAAUAACAAUAUUUUUAUCAGAUUUCCAGACUUAAAAGAUAUAUCAAAUCCAAAUAUAUCUGUAAAACAAAAUUAUAUCAACGUGACGCAUUUAAAUGUUUAAAAAUUAAUGUUUAGAUCAGUGACUCGUUUUAUCAGGGCACUACCAAUAGUCUUUUCUUUCCCUUUUCAAUGGAACUUAAAAGUUUCUUGGAGUAAAAAAUAUUUGAAGAGAUAAUGGAAGUGAACGUAUCAAUAUUAAACGUAAUUUAACGAAAAUGAUAAAAUCGAUUAGUGAUAACGCAAAGGAAUGCAAUAUGGUGUUCGAUAAUUAUUUAACAAAUUAAAUAAUAAAAAUAAGUGAUUGUUGAACUAUGUGGUAUUUUUAUUUACGGGUUGGUUACCCUGCGUGUAACUGCGUCAUGUGCAGUGAAAAUAUAUUUUUUUGACUCAUAUAAUAACAUUCCACUAUGUUAUUUAAAGAAUAAAAGAAGUAAAAAGGAAUUUGAGAAUAAAAAAAAAUACAAACGUUAUAUUUUUUCUAGGUUUCAAAAUUUCUCUUACUCUUUUCUAUUCUUCUUUUUCUUAAUUCUAACCUUAUCAUGUAAGGAAAGGAAAACUAAUAAUUAAGGGAAGAAUAUAUGAAAUAAAAAAUUAAUGAAUUAAGGAAAUUUAUUGCAAUAAUUAUUUGGCUAAAAUGAGCAUAAUUUGUCAAAUAAUUUUCGAACACCUUAUGAAUAACGAUAAAUCGAGCAUAAUAAUAUAUUUAACGUUUAACAACGUAUUUGCAUUUAACAAGCAACGACAUGGACAUUUGCCUGUAUAUCAUUGUAACAUUUUGUAUUCGUUUUACAACGAGGAGUCUUAUAUAAGCACAAGGAAGAAAAGAAAACCAUUAAUUAACAAAAUAUGUAUGUACAUUGACCUGCGAAGUUCUCGAAGGCAUUAAAAAAAAAAAAAAAAAAAAUAAGAAAAGAAGAUAAUAUUAAAGUAGCAAGUUGAAACGUACAAUAAGGUGUUUUACAGAAACACGAAAUACGAUUUAAAGAAUAAAAGAAGAAAUGUGUUCUAAUGUAACACGAAAUAUCGUACUAUUUAGAAAAACAUUGAGAAGUAUACCAAUGUUAAGAAUAAACAAUAACUAGAGAUGCUCGAGUGAAAGUAUUAAAAUUAGGGAAGUACUCGAGUACGAGGAACUAUUAUACCUGACGGAUACUUCAAAAUACUUAAUACAUAACGAUAAUUAAGCGUGUAAUUACAGAUUCUCGGUUCUUGCGAAUAAUUUAAAAUAACCGAGAAAGUAAAAAUUCCUUAGGGCUAGAUAUGUGUAUUACACGAGAACUGAUCAAACAAUAUUAAGAAUUCGAGUGAAAUUAGAGUACAAGAAAUAUUUAUUAGACUAAUAUUUACUAAAUAUAAAAUCUAAUGUUGAAUAAAAUUCUAUUCCAAUAAAUGAAGUUUUGGCAAGUUUUGAUAGACGCAAGUUUUCAAACAAUUAUUCACAAAUUAACUGUACUUAAAAAUCUAAAAUAAUCGAAGUCAUAAUUAAUUUUUUAAUAAUUUUAACGAAUAAUAAUAUUACUCAAUUACGUCUCUGCUAUAAUUUAACAUCGAUGAGAUAGAUAUAUCAAUAUUAAAUUUUGAAAAGAAACAAUGUUCUUAGUAUUAUUUGAUCAAACCUCAUAUUUUGAAAACCACAUACCUUCGAGCAACGGAAGUGUUCUUCAAUAUGGCCGAAGGAGGAACAUUGAACGCGUGAGAAUUGGCAACUUUGUAGCUCUUAUAUUCGUAGCUUCUAAAGCCGGCUCUGCACCUGACGAACGAACACGAACGAAGUAUAGUGAAUACGAAUGAAUGCAAAUGGACAUAAACGAAGGAUAUGUAAGUACUAAAUACAGUCAUUCACGAAAGUCUUUGAAUACUUCAUAAAAGAGAUAUUUUAUUAAAAUAUGUUAAUAAAAAUAUUAAUACCAAUUAAUCAAUAUUAAUACAAAUAUUAUUAAUGAAAUACAUUUUUAUUAAAAUAAAUUGUAUCCUUGUGUUGUGUUUGGCGAUUACAGUAACUUAUGUAUGUAUGCAUAGUCGUCCACACAUAGUGACAAGACUAAAGUAUUUCAUCAUCCUUCUUGGUACAAAAUACAGUAACCUUACGAAUAGAUUUGGUAGAAUUUUAUUUUAAUAAGAAUAGCUUUGUUAUUAAGUGUGACAAUAUUUUCGUAGCAGCCUAUAAACGCAAACAUAUUUAUUACUUACGAACGUAACUCAUCUUCGAUUCCCCUCUAUUCACUAACAUUUGAUCUCGCACUUUGAUUUCUCACUAUCACCAGCAACGGAAAACUGUGUCAAUUGAAGAUUCAAGUAUUUUAUUUAUACUACACCGACACGAAUAAAUAAUCUUUGAUAUGCAAAAAUUAUAAUUACAUUAUUAUAUGUGUACGCAUUGAAUAAAACGAAUGCUAGAAAAGCUUCUAAGUGAACUACUGCGUGAUGCGCAAGAUGAUUUUUUAGGGCGUCUUUUGCGCAUCGUACUGCGCUUCAGAUCAGAGAAAAAGAAAUAUCGAUAAUCGAUAUUAAAGCAACUUUAGUUAGUGCGAGGAAGUUUAACGACAUCGUGUUACGAACUUGUCAAUGUUACGUAUUUGUUAAUGUUAAGUAUUUUUUAACAAACUUGUGUUUUGUCGUUCACGUUAGUUCGUGCUCGUUCGUGAUGUGUAAAUCUGACUUUAUAGUCACGCUCUAUCGUCCAUUAUGCAUAAUUGCGGGUCUAGUUAACGUAACGUAAGAUCCUCCGAAGCUCUCGAUAAGGCGUUUCCUCUUCGAUAUCUGAAAGAUAGGUAAAAGUUUUAUUAGUGAGUUUUAUGCUUGGAUUAGUGAGUUAUGUGCUUGGAUGAUUCGAAAAGAAUUUUGUGAUGUACGGAUUCUGGACCACAAGGAAUUCUGGGUAUGUAACAUUCCAGUAAAUCUUCUUUCGUUCGAUGUGGUAUUCUUUAUGUAAUUAUAUGAACGAAUGUAUGAACGAAAUUUGAAAAGCUACAAUGGCUACAGGAAGUAUCGAUAAUAAACCCUUCUUCUAUCAAGUCCUACAUUUCAUUCUCACAAUAUCACAUUUCUGCAAUUGUAUGAAAAUCGAUUCAUACAAUUUGAACUUUAAUAUAUUUGUAUCUAAUUCGCCAGUAUAUAAAUGCUACUUAUUAAUUAAUAAAUACAAUUUAUCAAUAUUUUUUGUAGCCACUGUACUACAUCAGUGAUGAGUAUUUCAUUAAGCAUUAAAUAUUUUGUUUUUCAUUCACUACAAUUAUCGCUUUAGUUUUAAUUGACGGAUUUUUUUAUACAUACGAUCCGAAAUUAAAAACUAAAAGAUUAGUCAUGCGUGAUAGUGUAUCUUCAAAAAUUGCUUUGACCAAACAUAACCUUAUUAAUGGCUGUCCCCAUUAUAUGUACUUAAAAAAUGAGAACAAAAAUUAAUACAAAAAGUUUGAACUUUGAUAUAUUAAAAAUUCAAAAAAGUGAAUUAUAUUCGAAGGGGAAAUUAAUCGAAUUAGAAUCAAUACUAAAAGUAAUUGCCUUAAUCGAAAAUGUAGUUUCAGAAAUAUAUUCGUGCCCUUGAAAUAAACAAAUCAGCACGUUUGCUUCUUCCGAAACAAAGAAAAUCAUUUUCGUUUCAAAAUGAUGCAAAACAAUUUUUCAUUAGUUCAGUGGAGGUUUUACGAUUAAAACAAAUUUUAUACCGUUUUCCGUUUAUAUAUUUAUUUCGUUUCAAUUUAUGUAAUUUCUGUAUAGCAGAAAAAUGCGAGAAAAUUUUAUUUCACACGUUUCUCUUGCACUUUAACGCGAUAUGUAAGUAGCUGCCAGUAGUUUCCCCGUUUAAUUUUUAUCAAGUGUUAUUGCAAAUAAAAUUUUGCUUCUUGUCUUUGUUAUUGAAGUUUAAUUAAUAAUUCUAAUUAAUAGCGCAGAUUGAAGAUCAGGUAUAUAUGUAUAUACUAUAUGUAUAAGGAAUAUUCCUUCAAAUUGUAACUAUGAGUAACAUAGACUGUUCUUUUUUCUUCUAUUCUUAAAUUAAAACAGAGGUUUCGAUUGUUCUUUGUUAAGAACAGAGGUUAUUUAUAGACUUAUGGUACGUAAAUUUCGUUUAACGGGAUCACGUGCGAAACCAUUGAAAGGAAGUUCAUCCAUUGUGCGAACGUACUCGUAAAUGAUCUACAGGCGUAAUAUAAUUAAUGUACUCGAUCGUACUUUCACGAAGAUGCUCGUAAAUGUAAACAUUGCUUCGUGGUUAAAUAAAUUAUUGUAUAUAUAUCUGGAAAA